CGCGCGCACGCCGGCCCCCGGCGCGGUCCAACCCGCGCGCCUACCGGCCGGGGCCUCGCCGGCGCGCGCCGACUUCCGCAUCCGGCUCCGGGCGCUUCCGCUCCUAGCGGCGCCGCUGGGAGGGUGUCCUCCAGACCUCCCGAUGUCGGCCAGUGGGCUUCGGCAGAGGAUGAGUCCUCCGUCUUCCUGUCAUCAGUAACCAUUCUUCUUACCUGCGCCCUCGCCAUCCGCUGUUCUCAUGUCUACCUUGCUCCUCAAUCUGGAUUUUGGUGAACCUCCCCCCAAAAAAGGAUUUGAGGGGAAUGCCAAGCAUCGUAAAUUCGUCAGGAAGCGGCGGCUCUUGGAACGGAGGGGCUUUCUGAAUAAGAAGAACCAGCCACUGAGCAAGGCGCCUAAGCUGAACUCAGAACCUGCAAAGAAAGGGGAGACUUCGAGCGCGGAUGGCGCUUGGAAUGUCUCUCCCCUUCCAAAAAAGAAGACCGUUGCCUCCAGCAGUGGACCAGAGCAGUCCCUGGACAAGAAGGCUGCAGUGUCGUGGCUGACCCCAGCCCCUUCGCAGAAGGCUGGGUCUGCGGGGGCGAAGGUGGAUUUGCUGGAGGAGUUCCAGAGUGCCCUCCCAAAGAUUAGGAACCAUCCAGCUCGCCCCCACAAGAAGGGCCCCCAGAAGAACCUUACUCAGAAGAAUGCCACACAGAGCUCUCCCCAACCUCAUUCAGACGAUAAGUGUUCCGCAGCAUCUCAGAAGAUGCCGAAGAAGAUGGUGGCCAUUGACUGUGAGAUGGUGGGCACAGGACCCAAGGGGCACGUCAGCUCCCUGGCCCGAUGUAGCAUCGUCAGCUACCACGGAGACGUGCUCUAUGAUGAGUACGUCCUACCCCCCUGCCACAUCGUGGACUACCGGACCAGGUGGAGUGGCAUCCGGAAGCAGCACAUGGUGAAUGCUACCCCCUUCAAGGUCGCCCGGGGCCAGAUUUUGAAGAUCCUCACGGGGAAGAUAGUGGUGGGACACGCCAUCCACAACGACUUCAAAGCCCUCCAGUACUUCCACCCCAAGUCCCUCACCCGUGACACCUCCCACAUCCCGCCCCUCAACCGCAAGGCCGACUGCCCGGAGAAUGCCACCAUGUCCCUGAAGACUCUCACCAAGAAGCUUCUGAACCGGGACAUCCAGGUUGGGAAGAGCGGACAUUCGUCCGUAGAAGACGCGCAGGCCGCCAUGGAGCUGUACAAGUUGGUCGAAGUCGAGUGGGAGCAGCACCUGGCCCAGAGCCCCCCGAAAGACUAGCGGCAGCGGGGGCGCUGACCCCGGAGAACCGGGACUCUGCCUGCUGGCGAGAUCAGCUGUGAGGGGGACACA